AUGCCUUUCACACCUGAUUCCGAGCUGGAGCUCGCCUUUCCUGCUGAGCUAAUUCCCGCUGAGCUGAACGAGAAGCUCGAUCAGAAUAACCUACAUGUCCGUCCCCUGGCAUCGAGUGACUAUGCGCGUGGUCACCUCCGAGUCCUUGGUUCGCUGACGAGCGUAGCCGAUCCUGGUGAGGCGGCAUGGAAGGAGCGCUUCCGUAUUUUGAGUCAUUCGAAGCAAUCAGCAAGCCAGUAUUUUAUUACGGUGAUUGUCUCGAAAGACACUGACCAACUUGUGGCCACUGGCACCGUGUUCCUUGAGCCCAAGUUCCUGCGGUCCCUGGCUACCGCUGCCCACAUUGAAGACAUUGCUGUGGACAGUUCCAUGCAAGGCAAAGGGCUCGGAAAAAUCCUCAUCCAAGCUCUUACGGCUCUAAGCGAGAGCGCGGGAGCCUACAAAACACUGCUGGACUGCAGUGACGACAACGUGCCCUUCUAUGUCAAGUGCGGCUACGAGACCAAAGGAGUCUACAUGGCCAAGUACCACUAA